AGGAAAUUUUUUAAGUGUUUCAUGGGAUGGAGAGUAAUUUCACGAAUUCUGUAUUCUCAUAUCCAAAUGGCUUGGCAGCAUGUCCAAAUCAAAUUAAGGCGUGUUCGUGUGACUGUGUGAAAAUGAGACAACUCUCUACGCCUGUGGGUGAAAGAAUCUCAAUGAGCGAGCUUAAUAAUAUGGGAUUUAGUUUACAAACCAAACAGAUAUUACACAACUGUGAACCCAGUAUAUGCACUCCAUAUGCACAUACUACAAAUAAUUUUAUUCACUAUUCGUGUAGACCAGAUUAUUUUCCAAACCAGUCACCUGGAUGCAUGUACUGUCAACAAAGUUACUUGUCACAUUAUUACCACACACCACCGUGUACUUGUCUCCGCGGUCACACUAACUCAAAUGAACACCUACAUAACUGUCAACAUGCUUUUACUCACCACCAAGCCAGUGAUUGUCAUCCACAGUAUUCACAUCAUCCAAAUAAUGAAGAUUCUCUUCUGAACAAAAUUAAGCAGACAGAUGAUGACAGCAACCGUAAUCACAAUAGCAACUUUAUAUCAAGGCAAAGUGAACAGAUUAAGAAAAUGUACAAGUGUAGUUAUCCUGGCUGUGAGAAAAGUUAUGCAAAACUGUGUCAUCUAAAGGCUCAUUAUCGCAUUCAUACCGGUGAACGCCCUCUUGUUUGUGUUUUCCCAUACCCACGUAACAUGAUUGCUGAACUCUCAGUGACGACUUCACUAACCGUACCAAUAUGUGGUGAGAGAUUUGCACGCUCAGAUGAAUUAACUCGACAUUUAAGAAAGCAUCUAAAUAUCCGACCAUUUAAAUGUUACAUCUGUUCAAAAGCAUUUAGCAGGUCAGACCAUUGCAAAGUUCACUUGCGUACUCAUUUUCGUAAACAGUAUCGAAAGAAUGUUUCAUAUCCCAAUCGCCCCACUCAUCACUUACCGAAGAACUACGUUGAUGAAUCACAUGGGAAUUUAGUCCAUCUACCAAAUUUUACAUCACCGGAAGAAGCGGAUAUUAAGGUUUUUAACAACUUACCUGUCUUGUCAUCGUCAUCAUCAUUUCGGCCAAAUGUAAUAACAACUGAAUUUAGUCAUUCAUAUCCAGUAUAAUCGUAUUCAUUAUCGACAGUUUCUUCUCCAGAAUCCUUCUCCUCGUAAAUCAUAGCUGGGGGUACCUUUAACAUGUUAUAAAAUAUCUUUAAUUUUUUAUGAACAUUAUCACCGCAAGCUUUCUAAUAAAUAAAGAUCAUCAUAUCACUGAUAACUUGAAAUUGAAAUUUUUACACUACUUGAAACAAGAAAACUGCAUGUCCAGUAGAUUUAUUUUAUACUGAUGACAGACCUCUUAUUGGUAACACUAUUUUUCUAUCUCCAUUAAUAAUACAACUUUUAUAAUUCA